CCGACCUCAACAAUAGGCCCCUCCAUGUCUCCAGCUCUACGCCCGACAUGAUGCUUGACAAAAAGCUCGAGCUGGAUAGUGGGCUUACCUUGUCUCGCAUCUUCCUUCCUUGCGUCCUGUACGGUUGUGCUUAGACCUGUUUCCCACUACAUCGUUUCGCUGACGAAACCACGACAAGAGCAUCGGUAGACGUGCGCUCUCACUUCAUAUUUCCUAUCACUUCAAAGUCACCAUCCUCUCGCUGGGCGAGCCCUCUCCUUUCAUCACGUCAUCACUCGUCUCUCUGCUCUUCUUCACCAUCGCAUCAUCCUUUGCUGUAUCCGUUAUCCCCCAUUGCAUCUAAUCAGCUCGUAUACAUCAUGUUUCAAUCUGCACGAUUCCUGUCAUUCAGUCACGACACGCCUUCCUCCCCAUCGCCCUCCGCAAUCGCCGUAGAAAACGAGGAGCGUCAGCAACACUCGAAUACCAAAGCCAGCCGUCUCCUCGGUGCACGGCUCUCGCGAUCAGCUUCACUUGGCCUCGUACGCGUGCGCGCGCAUGUGCCUCCUCCGCUCACCCUUGUCCCCACUCCCCCUCUCCCGCAGUACGUGAUUGCAUCUGCGAAGGGAUCUCCCCCACUCUCGCGCUCACGUCGUUUCACCCGGAUGUUCAAGCGCUUCAUUUCACGGACCUGCAGACGGAGUUCACCCAAACCCACCACGAACACGAACCAAAGUACGCACGUGACCGCGAAUGCACCCAAGCGCCCAGAAAUGGUGAACCGCACGCGUACACGUACAGAGGACAUCACACACGCAGCGCUCGCAGGUUCGCUCGACUAUGCCAACGUCAACGCGGACGUACUUAGCGUCACAGAUGUCAACCUCGACAGCCCUCCCCCAUCUGCUUUUACGUUCUCAACCUCUCUUCCUACUACCCCCGCCACUUCCGGAAGCAUAUGUGGUCCAGGCUUCGGAUUUGACUUUGCACCCAUGAGCGAGGUCCUCGACGAGAUGCUUGGCUCUGUCGCAGGGCCAACCUCUAGUGCUAGCGACGGUCUUGGAUUGGUAUCUAGCAUUACGUCCCCAUCCUCCCCCGUUUUCGCUAAGACUCGGAUGCGCCCUCCGAACAGUCGCUUUCAGUGGGACAACCCCGAGCCGUUCGCGUCCAGCGCCACUGCUCAAGCUCGCGUCGAGGUCGAAGAGGCGGUGGACCCAAUGGCGCGUCAUAUAUCGAUGUACGCGUGCGUUGAGAACGCGGGUCUCAACCGCGAAGAGGAUGAUGACGAGGAGGCAGAAUCCGAGGAGGACGCUGGGGACUAUGCUUCGGCGUAUGGUAGCAUGGCGGGGAGUGUGCACACCUUCGCAUGCGCGGCGGACUUCUUGCCUUCUCCAUCGGCGGAGACGACCACCCCUUCCCACUACUCUCAGUCGUGCUCUCAUUGCUGUCGCUCUGUCCUCGCGGACGAUGUCGCAUCGUUAUCCGACGCCGCUUCCGACCUCUCCUUCAAUUCAGAGUUCGGCUCUACUGAUCAUGCGUCUGACUUCGGCGCCGAGACGGACGCGACCACCCUCCCAUCCUCGUCGUCAUCUCCUUCAUCGUGCCCUCCGACUCCAACUCUAUCCACCACCGACCUUACUACUCCAUUGUCUCUCGAGGAGUUUGGCGACGUCCAUUCAUACCUGAGAGGCCGACAGAGGAGCGACGCAGUGCGCUCGCAGCGCAAAACGAUGCAGGUUCUCGGCGUCGAGGCGGCCGUCGUGCGCAACCGAGGACUAGUGUUCCGUCCUGUCGUCAACUAGGGUAUUACCUUAGAGGUUCUCAGCGUCGAGAUGCUGGGUCAUCUUGGCGAUCAUGUCUCCAUUUUCCGCUGGACAUGAACCCUUACGCAUACGCUUACAUUGUAAUACACGUUCAUUUUCUUACACUGUUCCACUACCUAUCUUUGUACCCGUCGUCACUGAUCAAAACGCAUACCAUCGCAUCAUACCACACGCACGUCUCUUACAUCCAAUCUGUCACGUACGAUGUACACUCACACACGGCAAUGCAAUUGUUCUCCAUCCC